UCGAUGUCAGUGUGUUCGUUCGAUCCUAUCCAAUCAGUCACAGGCAAAAUUUUAAAACGUGCAACUCUGUCGGCACUCGCUCACUUCAAUUCCCCAAAAUUAAACGGCCCCUUGUUACCAUUUCCGUUUCCGUUUUACGCCAACCGCUGUUCCACAUUCGCUCACCACUUCCGCUGUCUUUCGGUUAAGCGAUUUCCCUUCCUGAUUUCCGGUUCUGUGCUUCUCCGGUGCUCGGUGCUUCAGCUUCAGGAUGUGUAUGCCCUAUUUGAGCAAAGUCUUUGGCGGAAACCAUCGGCAUCACCGUCGUGCCCAGGAUGGCGGCAUAACCCCACGUCCCAGCCUGGCCAACAUGAACCAAGUAUCGGUGGACACGAUGCGCACGGCCAAGUCGGCUGUCAGCCGGAAGAGCGCCCGGGCAGCGUUGCGGGAGGCGGAAAAUAACCGGACGGUCACCAUGGAGGCGCAGGCUGGCGGCACCACACCGUCCACAGCCAGGAAUGUUGCGGCGACAGCGGUGGCGGCUACGGCGGCGGCAGGAGCAUCAGCCGGAGGCGCAGAAGCAGCCUCCUCAUCGGCCGGCGGAAGGUCCGGAACUCGUACAUCCUGGUGGGAAUACCUCGGCAUAAAUAGGAACAAGAAGGCCAGCAAGGAGUCGCUCUAGGAGAUCCUUCAAGGAUUCUCGAUCACCUCCAUUCGAUCUCUCACUCUCUCGAUCGAUUAUUAUUGGAGGUUAUACUAGCAUAUGGUGCUCUGAAGGAUGCCCCCAGGAUAAAAGGACCCUUCAAUUUGGGUUGAUUUAGCGCAGAAAUUGCAUUCCAAAAUAUAAGCACAUUAUUUAGCACAUCA